CUUCCGACUGCACCAGAAGUUAGCACCGAGGCUCUUCGGCAGCUUCCGGAAACCCGGAAGGGAGGAGGUCGAGCUCGUUCGGGUGUUUCCGUCACGGUCAGGGUUGGAGAAAGAAGGGCUCCCGAGCUCCCGUCUCGACCGGUCAUGUGGCUGCUCUCGCGAGCUCUCCGUGUGGCGCAGGGCUGCCGUGCCGCCGCGCUGCCCCAUCGGAGCCGCCGAGCAGCGCCGGGCAGGGGCAGCGUGGCGGGGACAUGCCUGCUGCUGCCGCGCUGCGGCCUGAGCGCCCGGCCCGGCCUACAGGAGUUGUUUGCCGGCCCCGCCUUGCGCCGCCUGCUGGAAGCGCGGGGCGCGGGCGGGGUGGGGCCGGAGCUAGCGGCGCGGGUCCGGCGGCUGCGCGACAAGGAGCAGGAGCUGUGCGAGACGCGGAAGCUGGCGCGGCAAGAUGAGAGUGAAGAUUUGCGGAAGCUUGCAGAAAAGGAAAUUGCUACCUGUGAGGAAGAGAUAGCUGAACUGAAACAGCAGAUAGUGUUCCUUUUGAUUCCUUCAGAAGAAACAGAUGAGAGUGAUCUUGUCAUGGAAGUAACCGCUGGAGUUGGAGGGCAGGAAGCCAUGCUGUUCACCUCGGAGAUAUUUGAUAUGUAUCAACGAUAUGCUGCCUAUAAAAAGUGGAAAUUUGAAAUAUUAGAAUACUUUCCCAGUGAAAUAGGUGGCUUAAGGCAUGCUGUUGCCAGUAUAGCAGGUCUUGAAGCUUACAAGUACAUGAAAUUUGAAGGGGGAGUUCAUCGUGUUCAGCGAGUACCAAAGACAGAAAAACAAGGACGCAUCCACACCAGCACAAUGACUGUUGCAAUAUUACCCCAACCGACUGAGAUGAAGCUGCAAAUUAAUCCAAAAGAUCUACGGAUAGAAACAAAGCGAGCUACUGGAGCUGGAGGCCAGCAUGUCAAUACCACAGACAGUGCUGUACGGAUAGUUCAUAUUCCAACAGGGAUCGUGUCUGAGUGUCAACAAGAAAGAUCUCAAAUUAGAAACAAAGAGAAGGCUAUGCAAAUGCUAUAUGCUAAACUAUACAACGCCAAGCUGGAAGAAGAAACCAAAAAGAGAAACAGUGUUCGAAAGAUUCAAAUUGGGACUAAAGGAAGGUCAGAGAAGAUCAGAACAUACAACUUUCCACAGGACCGGGUUACUGACCACAGGAUAAGCAGAUCAGUGCAUCAUAUUGACUGUUUCAUGCUAGGAGAAGAAAAGCUAGAUGAAAUGAUACAAACUCUGAGAGAAUAUGCUGAUUAUGAAUCUUUAAUGGAAAUUAUUUCAGAAAAUGAAAAAAAGACUCUAUUAUGAACAUUGCUCUUUGUCAGCCCAUUACAACAGAUGUGGACUUGUGUCUGCAAAGAAGCUUCUUGGUGCACCACCCAGAAAAUUCAACUGCUUUUCAGAUCCUGAAUGACACCACAACUUGUUUCCUCAUGACUGAUAAACAGUUUUCUUACUUGCUAAGUAAAAGACUUUAUUACCUUUAUAGGAGACAUUAUUGCUGAAGCAGUCCACUUAAAAAGUAAAUGUAUUUAAGCCGGAAGUAGCUGCAGUUUUAAACUUCCUCCACUGGGAAGAUGCUGAUACUGCAGUCUUGAAAGGUACGCAUUAAGCAAUUAGCUAUUUCUAGUUAAAGUUUUAAUUUAAACAAUAGUUUAAGCAUCAGUAGAAUCUCAAAUAGCUUACUUGAGAGAAAAAAACAUGCUAUUGUUUGAGUGAUUAGAAGAAAGUAAUAAAUGGCAGCACUACUGAUCUGCGUAUUUGUUAAUUACUUACAUGAAAGAGAGUCAAAGUGUAUCUUGUUUGUGUUUUCAUGACCACCUAGCACUUAUUACUAAACACAAAAAAGAAUGUUUGGGAAUAUCCCUUGUUCCAGGAAAAGAAAAAAAACAGAGCUGUGGAAGCCAAAUGGCAAGUUAUAUGAAUUUAUUUUGAUUCAAAAGAGAAAAGAAUCAUGACACUAUUGUUUGGCUGGUAUUUCCAUUUGGCUUCAGUUCAGUUUCUUCUUUAUGUUUUUAAUCAAGUCUCCAUUUUUUUUAUUUUUCUGAAUGUUACACAGUAUGAAUGGCAUCUCGCUGGUUUUGUCUAUUUAUUUAAAACAUUUGAUCUGUGAAAGCAAAGUAAACUUUUGCCUUUUCAUUUUA